GCUUCAUCAACAAUGAAUCUGCAAACGGUAUCACCGCAACGAAAUGCGAUUUUGAAUGGCUCUUCGAGCGUGCAAAACAACAAUAAUAGUAAUAAUAAUGAGUCAUCGUACGGCAUUAAUGAUUAUUCGGACAAUGCCGACAGCACUAUUGACGGUCUUUAUUCGCGCAUGGAUGUGAAGCAGUUGUUGAGUUUGGUUGACUGUUUAUUGGAUUCACAUUCGCUAGCGAAGCAGUUCAAUGGUAAUAACGCACAACGCACACUGCUUUGGAAAGCCGGUUUCAAAGGUAGAAGUAAACCGAACCUACUCCGUCAAGAAACGCACAGUUUGCGAUCAGCGCUGUGCAUUCUGUUUCGGAUAUACACCGAUGUUGACCGCACAGACGAACAGCAGAAGUCAGAUAUUCGUGAACGUUUGAUCAGAGUACUUGAUGAAGCGAUUAGGUACUAUGUGGAUUUGAAUUCAGAACAACAUAGACAAGCGUGGAUUUUUGUGUUGCGUUUAGUACUCGAUUGGGCGAAUUCCUUCUCGGAUGCGCAGGAUGAUGAGAUUUUAUUCAGCUGUUGGAUGUUGGUCGUCGAUUUGCGUUGA